AGGUCCAGGGAGAGAAGCACAUCAUAUUUUUUUGUGGGUGGAUGCUAAAGUACGUCCCCGUAUACAUUGAAUUAGUACCUGAAGGAACUCCACCGAGAUCAUAUGACAUCACAUUAAAGAAUGGCAAACUCCAUUGCAUCGAAGACCUUUACUGCACUUUCAGAUCUGCAUCCAAAUAUGGCUUAUCUGAAAAUAAUCGGGAUAGUUAUUGGGAAAACAGAUGUCAAAGGCUUUCCAGACAGAAAAAAUAUUGGAUCAGAAAGAUAUACUUUCAGUUUUACCAUUCGAGAUUCACCAGCCCAUUUUGUAAAUGCAGCAUCUUGGGGAAAUGGAAAUUACAUCAAGUCGCUUUCUGACAGCUUUAGGGUUGGCGAGUGUGUGAUCAUUGAAAAUCCUCUGAUCCAAAGAAAGGAUAUAGAGAGAGAAGAAAAAUUUAGCCCUACAACUCCUAGCAACUGUAAACUGUUGCUCAGUGAGAAUCACUCAGUGGUGAAAGUUUGCCCCAGAUAUGAAGUGGACACCAACUUACUUUCUUUGAUACACUUACCUGUUAAAGAGUCUCAUGAUUAUUAUUCAUUGGGUGACAUUGUUGCCAAUGGACAGAAUCUCGAUGGGAAGAUUAUUAAUGUGCUUGCAGCUGUGAGGUCGGUUGGAGAGCCCAAAUACUUUACAACUUCCGAUCGAAGAAAAGGCCAGAGGUGCGAAGUUAAGCUCUAUGAUGACACAGAGUCUACUUUUGCAAUGAUAUGUUGGGAUAUUGAAUCUAUUCUACUCGCACAGAGCUGGAUACCACAAGAAACAGUGAUAUUUGCCUCAGAUGUAAGAAUAACUUUUGACAAAUUUCGGAACUGCAUGACAGCAACUGUAAUCUCAAAAACUAUUAUCACAACCAAUCCAGAUACACAAGAAGCUAACAUCCUAUUGAGUUUUAUAAGAGAAUAUUCAGAAACAAAUGCUCUGGGUGAUGAAAUGAACAGUUACUUGAAAGAAUCCGUAAAUUUGAAUACAAUAGUUGAUGUCUAUACGGUUGAACAGUUAAAGGUAAAGGCUCUGAGGGACAGAGGGAAAGCUGGUCCCCUGUAUGGCAUCCUGUACGCUCACCUUUCUGCGCUGGACAUCGAUGAGACACCUGCGAAAGUGGUUCGGAACAGGUGCUCAGGCUGUGGGUAUGUUGUAAAUGAAGCAUCCAACACUUGCACAACUUGCAGCAAAGAUUCUUUGGAGUUUAAACCUGGUUUUCCCAGCUUUGAUGUGCUAAUCGACCUUACUGAUCACACCGGCACCCUCCCCUCCUGUAGACUCGCCGGAAGUGUUGCUGAGGAGACUUUGGGCUGCACGGUAAAUGAGUUUCUUGCAAUGACAGAUGAACAGAGAACUGCAUUGAAGUGGCAAUUUCUUUUGGAAAGAAGCAAAAUUUAUUUAAAAUUUGUUGCAUCACACAGAGCACGGGGUGGAGUGAGAAUCAGUGUCCUGUCAUGUAAGCUGGCAGAUCCUAUCGAGGCGAGUAGGAACUUGUCCAGGCAAGAAAGUGUUUAAAGCCCUGUAUCAUUGUAAACUCUGGAGACCUGUGAGUUUUAACAUCCUUUGAAGUGGAAUAUUAGUUUGAAAAUUAUGGAUCAAAUUGUAUUUUGUUCAAAUGUGGUGAAAAUUUCUAUAAAUUGUUAUGCUGUUCCCUCUGGAGUUGGUUUGGGGGAAAAGUCUGUCAUUCCACAUCUCGGCUUGGAAAGCCAGAAGAAACUGGCUUUGCCUUUUCUUAAAUUGGAAGAUACUCACAUGAAUUA